AUGGCAACAGAGAGAAAUGAGUUGUUACGUAGUGCAUUUAUUGCAAAAAUUGGGAAUGGUUAUGUACCUGAGCAAUUUGUGUUUCUUGAUGAAAGUGUCAAAGAUGAGCAAACACUCUCUCAUAGAUAUGGAUACUCUUAUGUAGGUACAAAAGCUCAGUCAAAGGUAAUGUUUGUUAGGGGUAAACACUAUACAAUACUACCAGCUUUAACAAUUGAUGGGAUUGUUGCCGUUAAGGUCAUUGAGGAGAGCUACAAUAAGAAAAAGUUUGAAGAUUUCAUAUAUACUCAAAUACCUCAUAUGAAUCUGUUUCCUAGCAAAAAUAGUGUUCUGGUUAUGGAUAAUGCCAGGAUCCAUCACAAUGCUGAAUGGAUUUCU